CUUGGAGAGCCUACAUCAUGCCCCCUCCUGGCAGUUUCUACGCGGGCGGCAAAUUCGAACUUAAAAUAAAUUUCCCGCCCGACUAUCCUUACAAGCCACCAAAGAUCCACUUUGUGACCCAAAUUUACCAUCCGAACAUAAACUCCCACGGAUCCAUCUGCCUGGACACUCUCAGAGAACAGUGGUCGGCCGCUCUCACCAUUUCCAAAGUGUUAUUGUCGAUUUUAUCAAUGUUGGAGACCCCAAACCCGGACGACCCACUGGUUCCCGAGAUUGCCCACCUGUACAAGACUAACCACAGAGAAUAUGAGCGACUGGCCAGGCAAUGGACCUCAAAGUAUGCACAGCCGUGAACUAACUAUAUUAAUUUGGUCAAUAUUU